CAACAGGAAGAGGCGGAGAGGUUGAAGCUGAGGCAGAGAGAACGAGAGGGAAGAAGAGGGGCGAGCAGUGCGGAGGAGGGUGAGGAGUGGCAGAGAGCGGGUAACCGAAAGACGGACAGCCCGCGGGGAGAAGGAGGAGGGAGUCCCGGGGCCAGGGACUGACGGAAGCCGAGAGGAGUCAGUGCAGGAGGCGGCUGUGAGUGCGGAGGAGGAGGAGAAGAAGAAGAUGGCGGACGGGGACAGCGGGAGCGAGAGAGGGGGCAGCAGCGGCGGAGGAGGCGGGGGCCCCGGCGGCUUCCAGCAGCACAUGUCCCGGGAUCAGGAGACCCAGGAGCUGGCCUCUAAGCGGCUGGACAUCCAGAACAAGCGCUUCUACCUGGAUGUCAAGCAGAACGCCAAGGGCCGCUUCAUCAAGAUCGCAGAGGUCGGGGCCGGAGGGUCCAAGAGCCGGCUGACUCUCUCCAUGGCCGUGGCCGCUGAGUUCCGCGAUUACCUGGGCGACUUCAUUGAGCACUACGCCCAGCUGGGCCCCAGCAGCCCCGAGCAGAUUGCACAGUCCUCGGGGGAGGACGGGGCCGGUGCAGGGGGCCCCCGCAGGGCCCUGAAGAGUGAGUUCCUGGUCCGAGAGAACCGCAAGUAUUACCUGGACCUGAAGGAGAACCAGCGAGGCCGCUUCCUGCGCAUCCGCCAGACCAUCAACCGUGGCCCGGGUUUCAGUGGCGGAGCCGGAGGAGGAGCUGGGCUGCAGAGCGGACAGACCAUCGCCCUGCCCGCACAGGGCCUCAUCGAGUUCCGCGACGCCCUGGCCAAGCUCAUUGAUGAUUAUGGUGGAGAGGACGACGAGCUGGGCGCGGGGCUGGGCCCCGGAGGUGGUGGCGGAGCGGCCGGUGGGCUCUAUGGAGAGCUCCCAGAGGGCACGUCUAUCACCGUGGACUCCAAGCGAUUCUUCUUCGAUGUGGGCUGCAACAAGUAUGGGGUGUUCCUGCGGGUGAGCGAGGUGAAGCCCAGUUACCGCAACUCCAUCACUGUGCCCCUCAAGGCCUGGGGCAAGUUCGGGGGCGCCUUCUGUCGCUAUGCCGAGGAGAUGAAGGAGAUCCAGGAGCGGCAGCGGGACAAGCUGUACGAUCGCCGGGGGCCUGGGGAGAGAGGCGGUGGCCUGGGCUCAGGUGGUGGAGGAGAAGACUCAGAGACAGAAGAUGUGGACGACGACUGAGCAUAGAGUGAGGGAGGCAGAGGAGAAAGUGGGGGGGGGAGGUCAGUAACACACAUACAUGCAGUUAUCACACUCACACUGGGCGGCCUGGGGUUCUCCUGCUGCCAGGGAACUACAAUUCUCAGCAUGUCAUGUCAGCGGCUGCCGUGGAUUACUCUGCGGUUAUGUUGAGACUUGUAGUUCCGUGGCAGCUGAAGAGCCGUAGGCUACCCUAAUCUGAUUUACAGUAGCACAGCUGGGGUGUCAGGGACAUUGUUGAGGUCUAUCGGGGGAUCCAGAUGGGCAAAAUAGUUAUAAACCAUAGGUAAACUGACGUAGGAUGGGAGACCAGGAGGUCUCUGUUCUCUUGUUUUAGGCAGAGCAAAGUUACAAAAACUACAUUCAGAACUUGUUCACACAUUACUUUUGGAAAAUCGGUAAAAAUGCCACAUGUCCUAGCCUUGUUUUUAGUGUGUGUGUGUGUGAACCAGCCCUAAAUGUGGCAAUAGGAGAAACUUGCACUGUGGUAAUGUUUUUUUUACAAGGAAAAAGCUAGGGGGGAGGUCUAUAAAACAUCUAUAGAUUUUUUUCACAUUUUUUCUAUGUGAAUCCUGGGUUUUAAAGCUAGUUUGUCUCUUGAGUUGGUUUCCACAUCAUUAAGUGCAGACCCUGAAAAUAAACACAGAAGUGUGUCAGCUUUGACCACUCUGUCCGCCUAUACAGUUUUGGGUACGAAGUGGGUGCUAAUCUCUCCAUCUGGGGUCUUGGUACAACUGACAAUUUUUUCAUGGCUAGGCACUGGCUAGAGUAUGGUUGGUUGGACUGUGGCUCAAGCACCAUGUAGACCUGACUCCUGGAGUAUUCUACCUUCCUAUGGAUGCAGUAUAGAGAGAGCUGCGUUGUUUUAUAUUGGUGCUAGGUGAUAUCUCACAUGCUACUCUGCAAAGCUAACAUGUCUCUCUACUAUUCUUGGUGGUACGAGCAGGCAGAGGCUUCAGAAGCCAGAAUGAGUAGGUUUUUAAAAAUGACCACCUUCCCCUAUUUCCAGAUGUGUCUGUUGUUCACAUGCUGAAGUCUCAAUAGCUUUAUCUUAAUACAUAUAUUUCAACAUUCAGCUGAAAGAUAGGGAGCAGGUGGGGUUUAGGCUGGGGUAGAAUAAAGUAAAUGAGAGCUAGUCAUGAAACGCACUCACCCCUUUCUUCCUUGCCUCUCUCACCACCAUUUCAGUUUGCAUCUGUUUUUUAAGGGGCUUGCAGUGAUGCCACCCCAAGGAGAAAAGACCAGCAGUUCUGUUCCCACCAUGCUCUGCAAACGCCUAACAAGUCCGCCAUUUCCUAAAGCACAAGGAAAGCUUGUUGGAUUUCAUGCAGACUGCUGUCACAUCCACAGAGUAUCUGGUGGCAGGACCAGCUACCGUUCCUACCAGGACUGAACUCUGAUCCUGCCAAUCCAAUCAUGGACAAUUUCCGACUGCCAUAAAUCACCUUUCUUUUAAUACCAGCACUAUCGACACAAGGAAAAAGAAAUGAAAAAUCUUCAGAUUGGGGAACGUUUUGAAAACAUAAAUUAAUGAGUAAACCAUACAUCCUGAAGUCUGUGAAAUCUCCCAAUGAAACCCUUCCACUGAGGAAGUGAAAAAGAAAAAAAAAAAGAAAUUAAGUUCAUGCAAACGGACAAUUGUCACAUAAGAUAAACUCAGGUCCAUGGUUAUUCUCUUAACAGGCUUUUUACUAUUAAAAAGAUCUGCAUUCAAUUCUCAGUACCUCGGAGGUUAGUGGUGCCUCCACAAUGUUCUUGGCCAAUGCCAGGAAGAAGCUGUCCAGGUGGUGAACAGUCAGUAAUGGGGAGAAGAGCAUAUUGCCUGUUACCCUACAGGCUUCUUACAUUCAGUUAUCACAGCGUGAACUUACUGCGUACAAGAUGGUCUCUUCCCCAAGUAAAGAUGAUGGGGGCUCCUGUAUCUAGCCCCCACACUGUCAUUUUAAUAUGAACUCUUUACAAAUGGUUUUAACUAUACUGGAUUGCUACCUUGCUUAUGUUUUGACAAGAAAUAAACCUUUUGAGAGCAGAGGUGCAUGGAUUUCCACAUUUUCCUCUGUCCCCAAAUAGUUGAAAUGAAAUUACAGUAUUUUUAUUUUCUUUUGUGCGUACAUGUAGUUUUAAAUGCGAUUUAUCAUGAACUCCCUACUAGUUUUCAUAUUGGCGUGCAAUUAUUGCCACGGCCAUUUCCAAUGCUGCUACAAUAUUGUUAUACAGUACACAAAAACCAUCCCUAUUGUAAAAGCAUCUGGAAGUGUUCCGUUAAUUUGCAGCUUGCAGUACCCGAUGCAUAGAGGUAAUCUAGAUCUUCAUGUGAGCUGCCUUUUUUUUUAUUUUUUCACACCACAUCAUGAUUAAUUGGGUAUGCAUAGUAAUGUAUUCAUAUACUGACCUAAUAGUUUGAUCUGGUCACUGCUAUAAGGGUCUUGGGCACAAGCGUGUCACUGUAGCCCUCUUUGGCAGUGAUAGGAGAACGUUUCUGUUCAUAGAAAGAUCUUACAUGUGGCAGAUGGAAAGGAUAACCUGGCAGACCUGUCCCCUACGCAGCGACGGCAGAUAUCUUCUGGGCUGAACCUAUAUUCAGUCUGCUAAAUCACUAAGGAUUAGUGACAUCACCAAGUCGGGUACUUUAUGUUCCAGUGAUGUCGCUGACUCUUAGUUGAUUGAAGGUUGACGCAGCCCCCAAGAUGGCUGCCAGCGCUGUAUGUACGACAUGGCUUUGCUGUAAAGUCAUGGAUGAGACUCGCUGUUUUAAUUUCCAGUAACUAGGUUUAUCUCGGCACUUUUAUCAUGUCAUCUAAUUGUUGCAAACUUUUUUUUUUUUUAACUGUAUGGGAGCAAUAGUAUUUCUUGAUGUUUUAAUCACAUCAGUAUAUUGUACUGUAUUUUUGUACCUGCAAGGCAGCUGUAUAGUGUGUCCUGCUGUAUCAGUCUUAUGUGGAUUUUCCUUCCUGUUACUAGUAGCAGGCUUCAUGCUUCAUCCACAGCUAGAACAGCAAAUUACAGCCCAUGCAGGGUUUGUAGAAAAUCCUUUGACAUUUUUUGUCUAUUGCACAAAAAAUGCAAGAGGUGGCUUGCUCCAAAGUUAUAUUCAUAUUUGCACCCUGUGUAAACCAGUCAUGGGCAUAUAUAUAUAUGUAUCACACAUGCUCAAUGAGCUGCCAGUUGUCCUGUGCGUCCUAUUCCUACUGGGGAGGUUUGUAGAAGUCUACCCAGGCCUCCCUCUCCUCUCUCACUCUGAAUUUAGUGAUAUACUAAUAGAGAAAUAAGCUAUCGAAUAUGACAAUUGUUUAGAAAGGAGAAUGACCUCCCCUUCCUUCCAUAUUAGAUUACAGUCCCAACCCCUACUAAGCAUUGCAUUGUACGAGUGCACAGAGCUGUUUAUGGGACAAUUAAUGGGUUUUAACCUCAUUUGCAGAUAUCCUGAAUUAUGUAACAAGGACACUUCCAGCAUAGGCGGAUCUGUCCUCGUUUCAUGCACCCUAUUCCAAUUACUCAACAGUCUAGUUACUAGGAGGACAACUGAAGAAGCUGAUGUUGUCUAAUGUCCUUGUUUCCCCACUACACAAUUGUAGUGCAGAAAGAAUGACUUGAGCUUAACCCUUUUACUGCCAUAGGGAAUUUUAGUGCAAUAUAGACCAUUUUCAGCUAAUGGGAUAAUUGAGCCACAAGCAAUAUUGAUCUUGAAUGAAUAACAUUUACUGUUAAGCUUAGAGCAGACGGUCUCAUGGAAUAGGCUGUUGCUACUAGUAAUACUGGCCACUUCCACUAAUCUUGAGCGUUCACUUGAACUACAGGACUUUUUAUUGUCACAGGCUAAUUGCUCUGCUAGAUUUGUGGUGCUAUGCAGCUUGUCUAUAAUAUAAGCACCUGUAUAAAUCUGCAGAUCCUUACCUGUAAAUGUAUUGCAUCCAAAUCGAGGGGUGAAUAUCUGAAUCUUUUACAGAUGUGCUUCUGUACCCCAUAGUAAUAAACUUUAGUUGAUUUCCCUCUUGCUCUGACAGUCUAUAAACUACCACAGUUUACUGCCCCCUGCUGGUGAUCAUUUCAGCUACAUUGCCUUCCGGGGACCUGUUCCAUUUAAACUUUCCAGAGUCACCUUGGUUGGUAACUGGAAAUAGACAAACCUUAGGACAAACACGUAAAACUGACAGGAUUGUCAAAAUCUUCAGUUCCUCCAUUGAAUGUAAUAGCGUUAAUUUAGCAAACCUCCUGUUUAACAAAACAGCCUAUUCUACAGACUUCUAUGCGUUCUUUGGCUAUACAGAUGUUAAAGCUGCAGUAACACCAGCUUGUUUGCAGCUUUAACCUACAUAGUCCCCUACAGACCGUGCUGCUAAGCACACGUGCUGUGUAUUAGUUUACACGUCCCCAAGCAUUGUGUAAAGAAAGGUUUAGAAUGUACAGUUUAAAUGAUUUUUGCAGACAGGGAAAUAAAGAAUAUUGUGCAUGUGUAAGAAAUGUUUCAGCAGUGCACAACUGACCGUGACAGAUGAAUUGCAUUGGGGUCGGCAAUUCAGUCCAUUUUAACCACGCUGGUAUUGAUGAAUGAACAUGCAAAUUGACCUUAUGACUACAAGAAAACCCUGCAUCACUUCUGUUUAGUGACAUGCAGGGUUUUCUGUUUGAAGAUGCUGAUAUUGUGUCAUCUCCCAUUGCCACGAUUGCAUAGGGGUGUCAUUUUACAUCCAAGGACCUGUGUAUAACCAGCCCCCUCAAUUGAGAACUGUUGUGCUGCUUAGAUAAUUGUGGUCUUAUUUUGGAGCUGUGGUUUAAAUGCCGUUGCAGAAAUGAACCUGGUUGCCAUUAAUGCCCCCCUGUGAAGGGAAACCCUACCUCCUGUCUGUAGUUCAGAUGUGCUUAUGCUAUUUGAGGAGGUACUUGUCUGUAAUUCCAAUGCUCACUUGUCACUUGAGGAGCCUUAGUGUGUAAAGAUAACGGAAUUUUAGUCUGCUGGUAACCAGAAAUAGGUCUCCUAGCAUUAAAACUGGGACACUUUGAGUUACAUAUUUCUAGGGAUGACAAAUGCUUUAUUAAGAACUAUGAAUCUAACUAAAAAAACUUUUUUUUUUAGCGUUUACAGUGCAGACCCCUGUGGCUAUUUAGAGGCCAUUCCAUAAAUCGUACUACGAAUCUAGAACUGGUUGGCACCAAGACUUUAUCGUAGAGAAGUAGCAGACACACUAUGUGGUUAAGAGGAAAGCACAGAUUAAUAAUGACUAUUGCACUGGCUCAAAUCAGCUGAGACAUGUUAGUAGCACAUGUUGGGGCGAACCCUGUAGCCACGGUGUGCUAAUAGUUUGAGCACACAGAAUUUAGAGCUUACCCUAUUUAGAUUCUAAAAAGCAUUUCUGCUGUAGGCAUUUAAUCUACAUUUCUUCAAAUACAUUUAGCUCACUAAUAAAAAGAAUUAUAUUGAAAAAGUAUAUUUUUUGUUUCUGUUUAAAAGCACUUUAAAUAGUAAAACGGCUCAAUGCGCUGUUCCAUUAGCGACUACAAGUGGAAUAUAUCUGUAAGUCUUCCUCUUGAGGUUAGACGGAUGUUAGUUACUCCUCAGACCCUCCCAUUCAGCCUGCUGAUCACAGCUUGAGUCUCAGCUUUUCCCCCCAAUGCUCCUUGGGGCAGCCAGGCCAGGUUUUCACAGUAACCAUUAGUACCAUUCCUCUCCUAUGGGCUUGUGUGGGAAUUGUAAAACCUUGUCUGGAUGAGACUUCCCUCCAGGAGAUGGCUGAGAGUGUUCUGUCCCUAUUGCGAUUCCCUGAUAAAGAAUCCAGCGCUACCGGCUGGAGAUGAGUGUUGGAUUUACCACUAGCUUUACAAAGCAGGGGGAAUUUAAACCAUUUAAGAGAACAAGCAAUUUUAAAAGCAUAAGGUUCAGAACUCGUGCUUGUCAGCACUCCUUACAAUAACAGAAUUUUGCAAAUUGAGUUUUACAAUCUAUAUAUUUAAAAAAUUGUAUGUUUGUAACAAAUAAAGUAUGCGGAAAAGUGAAUGAAACCAUA